AUGGCGGGGAAUACCGACAUCGACUUCACGCGUCGUAACAAAAAGGCAAGGCUCCUGACGGAUCCGGAAAGAGACCAGCUGGACGAGUUCAUCGAUUCGAUACACUACUCCUCAAGAUACAAUGACGACCACUGCGAGUACCGUCACGUGCAAUUACCAAAGGCCAUGCUUAAGAAGAUUCCAAAGGACUACUUCGACGGUGCGAGGGGGACACUAAAACUGCUGUGGGAGGAUGAGUGGAGAGGCCUAGGUAUCACACAGGUGGGUGACUUUCUCGUGAAGUAUAACAACGCAUUCUCGGCUGACAUUGGCUUGCAGAGUCUAGGAUGGGAGCACUACGAGGUGCACGAGCCGGAACCACAUAUUCUGCUAUUCAAACGACCCAUCAACUACCAGCCACCAGGACAGCACUAG